GCGUACAAUACCCCCGGAACGUUGCUUCCGAUGCAUCGGUCGGCCGAAGUUAUUGUUUUGCCUGAUUUAUUGUUACCUUGCUUUCUUGCUUUUGUCUUGCUUCCAUCUUUCAGUAUUUCGGAUUCCGAUGGUUAUUUCUCGUACGAUUUCACGUCCACUCUUUAUACCCACCGAUGUCGAAAGGCAGAGGACAAAAAAGAAAAGAUACCUUGUUCGCGGUUUGGUUGAUUGUUUUGAUUCUCCCGGCGCUUCUGAUGACCGCGGUCAUCGGAGGAUACGAAAAAAGAAAAAGGUCGAGGGUUCAUGCGGUUUCGCCUACUGUCUCAAUUUUAACGCUUCAGUCGCUAGGUCUCGCGGCUCAUGGGUCUGGUCGGCCUGUAGCUCCUCUCGCCCUUCUAUUCAGACGGCUUCGAACAACGGACAUACGCCGACACAAGGAGUCGUUGGUUGAGCUCGAUGUCAACUUGGAGGAAAGAUGCGAAAAAAGGUUUAUGCUCUUUAGUGCUGGUUGACCCGGCGAAGCUGCUAGGCGGUGAAAGGGAAAGAUUGUCAUGGCAGCUGGCCAAUGUGGCGCAAGAUUCAGCAACCGGGCUGAACCAUGAGCGGGGAAAUUAUGACGGGACUGUAUUGACG